GAAAAAACAAAACACAAAGGGCUGUUCAGGAGAGGCAGUGUACAAUUGUCAAGACCACAGGACUCAGGAGUGCCACCAGCUCAACUCGUCGACGAAGAAACAGGCUACAGCUGCUGAUCCAGAAACAACGUAUGCAGUAGACAUCGUAUAACCUGUGGAGAACUUUACUAUUUAAGCAGAGAUCAAAUUCAAAGAAUCCCAUGAAGUCGAAACAAGACUAAAAUGGAUAAGCUCCAUAACAAAUGGGUCUCCACCGCAGCCAGCAUAUGGAUCCAGUGCACCAGUGGCUUCCUAUACACUUUCUCCAUCUACUCCUCCCUUCUUAAAUCAAGCCAGGGCUACGAUCAAUCCACGCUCGACACCGUUUCCGUCUUCAAGGACAUCGGCGGCAACUUCGGCGUCCUCUCCGGUCUCCUCUACUCCGCCGCCACUGCGAAUCACCGCCGCCGUACUGGGCCUUGGGUGGUCCACCUCGCGGGUGCGGUCCAGUGUUUCGUUGGCUUCUUCCUUAUGUGGGCCUCCGUCGUCGGGUUGAUCUCCCGGCCGCCUGUGCCCGCCAUGUGCUUGUUCAUGUUGGUGGCAGCCCACGCAGCGACCUUCUUCAACACUUCGAAUGUGGUCACUGGCGUACGGAACUUUUCCAAUUACAGUGGCACUAUCGUUGGCAUUAUAAAGGGUUUUAUUGGCUUGAGUGGAGCAAUUUUAGUUCAAGUAUAUAGGACAAUAUUCAAUAACGAUCCAACAUCCUACCUGCUGAUGCUGGCUCUUUUGCCUAGUGUCAAUGCCCUGUUGUUCAUGUGGUUUGUGAGAAUCCACAACACAAUUGAAGGAGAUGAAAAGAAGCACCUAGAUAGUUUCUCAUUAAUUGCUCUGGUUAUCGCUGCCUACCUUAUGCUUGUCAUAAUUUUGGAGAAUGUUAUUACCUUUCGAUUGUCAAUACGUGUAGUCACAUUUGUCCUGCUCGUGUUGUUGCUUGUCUCACCAUUUUGCGUAUCGAUUAGAGCCCAUCAAAGGGAUUCUAAUGGAAUUUCACAUAACCUCUUUAUUGAGGGGGACCAACCAAUGGAUGAUCCUAACCAAGCAGAUGCUGAGAAGAUGUAUGUAAGACAAGAUUCUGCUGGGUACCGCUGUGCGCCCAGCAGUACUGAUCAAGAGGUGGAUGGUAACGAAGAAAGACCUUUCCCAGCAGAAGAAAACCUGAAUCUGUUGCAAGCCAUACGCACGAUAGACUUCUGGAUUUUGUUUCUUGCCAUGGCAUGUGGUAUGGGCUCAGGACUUGCCACAGUGAAUAACAUCAGCCAGAUAGGAGGAUCUCUUGGUUACACUAGCUUCGAGACAAGUACUUUGGUUUCUUUGUGGAGUAUCUGGAAUUUUCUUGGACGUUUUGGAGCUGGCUAUGUGUCAGAUUAUUUCCUGCAUACUAGAGGAUGGGCAAGGCCAUUGUUCAUGGUCAUCACUCUAGCAACCAUGAGCAUUGGUCAUGUGGUGAUUGCUUCUGGUUUUCCUGGAGCUCUGUUUGCUGGUUCAAUAUUGGUGGGUGUUUGUUAUGGUUCCCAGUGGUCAUUAAUGCCUACAAUCACUUCCGAGAUAUUUGGUGUGGUACAUAUGGGUACCAUAUUCAAUACAAUUACCAUAGCAAAUCCUGUUGGAUCUUAUAUAUUUUCCGUGAGGGUUAUUGGGUAUCUUUAUGAUGAGGAAUCAUCAGCGGAGGGCAACACAUGCACUGGAACACAUUGUUUCAUGUUAUCUUUUAUCAUCAUGGCAUCUGCUACUCUUCUGGGCUCUCUUGCUGCCUUGGGGUUGUACUUUCGGACUAAACAUUUCUAUAAUCAGGUUGUACAUAGAAGACUGCUACAUUGUUUCAGUGAGUAAAUUGCUGAGACUGCUAAGUACUGUGAAGGAGUCAUGAAGUUUUUGCCGGUUGGUGAGAACGAGGUAUAUGACAAAACACACACGCCCGCAUACACACGCCCUCUCUCUCUCUCUCUCUCUUGUGUGAAAGUUUAGUUGGGCUAUCAGGGAACAGAGGGAGUCGUCAACACUGUCCUUCUUAAGUUCAGUUAAUAAUUACCAAUAUGGAUUUAAAUGUUUA